AGUACAUACCUAGGUAGAGAUGACGGCUGCUGCUGCUGCUGCUGCUCCGGUUCCCGUCCCCCAGGCGAUCAACGAAAAUAUUCUCGAGGAGGACGAGAAGGUCUCGAUUCCAGGGUGUUUCCCGGAUUCUACGACAAUCUUAGUCUCACCUAGUAGAAAGCCAAACACCACGACCACUACCACUACCAACAGCAACAGCAAUACAUCCCAUAAGAAACCCCUCAUCCAAGCCUCGCCCUAUCCGGAACCAGACCACCUCCUGGACCUAACAACCCUCGACCGCCAACCACGACUUCUCGCAAAAGCCCUAACAACCCUCACCAACACCCGCGCGGACUACGCCACAGCACCUUACGCGGAGUCCUUCAAUUGGGACACUGUAUUCCAGACGCUCCAGGACCUUGCCAAUUCCGAUCCCGAUCCCGAGCCGGAAACAGAACCAGAAACAGAAACAGCACCCCCAAAGAAAGCCAACUGGACCCCGCAAAGCUUCUACGUGGUUGUGUUCCGGUCUGUCCUCCGCGAAACCGCGGACCUGGACCUCCUGUAUAGAUUGGAUUUCGAAUCGCAUCGGGAAGCGGUGGAGAGUGGGGGGUUGUUGAAGUAUUGGUUUGGGGUUCGGAACGAGAGGAGGGAGAAUUUGGCGACUUGUAUUUGGAGGAGUAGGCAUGAUGCGCGGGUGGGAGGGACUGGACCCUGGCAUAAGAAGGCUCGGGGGGCCGCGAGGGAAUUGUAUGAGGGGAUUGAAUUCACCACGUUGGAGUUGGUGGUGGGGGGUUCUGUUGGGGAGUGGGAGUUGAGGGAUUGGGUUGAGCAUGCGGUUUGA